AUGGCGAGACUGCUGCUGGCACUGGCUGCCCUCACACUCGCCACUGCUCUCGCCGCCGUGCCUGGUCCGACCGCCACCGCCUCUCUCCCGAACCCCAUCUCGUACCAACUGCACUCGUACGACGACCUCGACUUGUGGCCACAGACGCUGGCCAAGGCUCCUCUGGCGGCGCCGCACGUCGACGCGCUGUGGUACAAGAUCGAUCCGCAUUAUGCUCCUCCCGAGUUUUGCGCCGACCAGCCGUCAGUGACGUCGCCGUGGGCGGCCAAGUACGGCUGCUUCCUGCUCAAUCACAACCCGCUCUCCGAGGCGCGGGCGUACAACUCGUCCGACGACGUGCUGGCCUUUAUCCGCAACCCGGCGUAUGCGGCGUACUUUGGCCCGGCCGCCGACCAGCCGGUGACCAUUGCCUGGUGCUUCAAGAUCGACGGGUUUGCGCCGUGCGACGGCUCUCCUCGCGCGGAAGCCUUCCUUGGCGCCUUUGGUGAGCUCUUUGACGCUCUCGUUGCGCUGGAGAUCGACCCGCGGUUCUCGGUCUCGUUUGUGCUCGAUGGAUCGGGUGUGCCCAGCGAGGGCGCGACGUGCCUGGCACGCUUCACCAAUGCCUCACUUCCAGGCAAGCCGUUUCUACCUGCAACCUGGGCGUACGAUGUGCUCGGCUCAUCGACGCCGCUCGCUGCCGGCUUCUCCAACAACGCAUCCGCCGGCUACGAUCGCUUUGAGGUCUUUGAUGCCGCGGUCCCGACUCCCACCUACGUCGCCAUGGCCGAGCUCGGCUGGGGCAAGUUUGGCGCCAAUCCGUGGCCGCUACUGGUGUGGGAGCCGUCGGCGCAGGUUGUCAUCAAUGCAGUGGCCGAGCUGUAUGUUGCCCACGCUUCAGCAGGCCCGCCCUCCGGCCUCCGCUUUGCCAUCAACAUCGAUCCGCUCCAGUUUGCGCUCUACGUUGCCCCUCAGUCGGCCGUGGGCUACAUGGGCCAGCUCGCGCCGGACGCCGCGGCACCGUGGGCGCUGCUUGACGGCGCGCUGGUGUACACCAACCCGUCGGGUGUUGUCGAGGCCGCGCCGCUUGAUGGCCACGCGCUCGCUGGGCCAGCAAUAGCUGCCCCGAUAGGCGUGGCAGAGUGCGGCCGACUCGUCGGCGCAGGCGAGUCCGCUGCUCUCUUUGAGCGCUGCAUGGUCAGCAUCUCGACAACGACUGGCAUGUUGGCAUGGGGCAACGUCACUGCGUUGCGCCCAGGGCCGUCCGGGUGCCAGGUCAUCGGCGGGAGUGAGGCACUCCUUGUCUACGUCUGCGACUCGGGCGCAAGUGCUCUCAUCGUCGACGUUGCAUCAGGAGCCGAGGCCAAGUUUGCGGCGCCUACAGGCGAGACCAUUUCUGCCAAAGGUGGAGGCAGUGGCUGGCGCGCGUCCGACGGUGGGUACGGACUCGUUGUUGGCUCGGCCUCGCGGCGCAUUCUAAUGGGCGUGGCUAUGAGCGCCGGCACGAGCGGGCAGCUGGCGGUGAUCGGCGCAGGCAGCCGGCCGCGGGCAGCGGCGCGGCCCGCCGGCGAGUGGGUGGUGGUGGUGGCGACCGACGGAUGGUGCUGGAACUCGAACGAGCACAACAAAGCCACGUCGCCGGCGACGUGUGACUUUGUCCCGAGUGCCACGCCCAACGUCCUCAACUACUUGCUUGUUCCGACCGCGGCCGAGUCGUUGGACGCGAUCCUUGCGCGCGGCAAGGUGCUCACGCCUUGCACACCCGGAGUCAUUGUCGGCUCGCUUGGCUCGGGCAGCGCGCCAGCGGUGGCGGUGACGCCCAGCAGCGAGGUGCUGACGUUGUUUGGCGGCCUGCCGGCCAACACACCCGACGUCGGCAGCUGCGGCUUGCCCGACUACGCCUCUGGCGCGCUUGUGGCGCAGUGGCCGUGGCGCGUUUAGUCUUGCUUAAAGCCCGGUCUCGAG